UGAAGAUCCAUAGGCUGUAUGGAUGGAAUUAUCGUGGCUGAUCUUAGCCAUUUCUUCAUAUAAUUUUAUUCUCGACCAAGAAAAGGCAGGUAGAUGAGUCCUUUCCAAGAAAUGCUUCAGAAUCAAACUGUCCUCAGUGAAUUUAUCCUCCAAGGGUUUCCAGGCUCUGCAGAGCUGCAGAAGUACCUCUUUGUGCCCAUUCUGCUUAUGUACAUCCUCACCGUCACAGGCAACAUCCUGAUCAUUUUCAUCAUCACCCAUGAUCCACAUCUCCACAAUCCCAUGUACUUCUUCUUGGGAAACUUCUCCUUCCUGGAGAUCUUCUAUGUCACCACCCUGUCACCCAAGAUGCUGGCCAACUUUCUGGCGGAGAGGAGGGCCAUCUGCUUCUACUGCUGCAUCACCCAAGCCUUUUUCCACUUUCUUCUCGGAGCCACGGAAUUCUGCCUGCUUGCCUCGAUGUCCUUCGACCGCUACAUCGCCAUCUGCAACCCGCUGUAUUACAGCGUCAUCAUGAACCGCACGCUUUGCCUCCAGUUAGCCGUUGGGUCAUGGCUGGGAGGGUUCUUCACCGUCAUUGUUCAGACCAUCUUGAUCUGCCAACUCCCCUUUUGCGGUCCCAACCUGAUCAACCACUUCUAUUGCGACGUGACCCCGUUGUUGAGCUUGGCUUGUGCCGACACCCACUUCCUCGAACAGAUGGUGUUAGUGGGGUCAGCACUUCUCCUGUUCAGUUCCUUCUUCUUCACCGCCAUCUCCUACAUCUUCAUCAUAUCCACCAUACUGCAGAUCCCCUCCUCAUCAGGGCGGCAGAAGGCCUUCUCGACCUGCGUCGCCCACCUGACAGUUGUGUCCAUACAAUAUGGGACAGUAAUGUUCAUGUACGUGAAGCCCAAAGCAAACUCUGCCCUGGAGGUAAAUAAAGUGGUGUCUGUCCUGAACACAGUUAUAACCCCGCUCCUCAACCCCUUCAUCUAUACCUUGAGGAACAAAGAUGUCAAAGAAGCUUUGAAGAAAGCAGCAAAUAUUAAAAAACAUAUUUCACUCUGA